GAAACUAUGCGACAAAUUGCUACGGCGAUUUGUCUUUUUUUGGUCGUUCUGACCAAACAUUCGAUUGGAGCACAAAAUGAUACGCUGGAGAUGGAGUUGGAAUCCAACAUAACCGUCGUCAAACUCGAACAUGGACUGAAAUUCCAGGCGCAUUCCGAGUUCGGCCUACCGGACAACAUGACCGAUCUGUUCAACUCGACGGCGGCUGACUCUGAAGGUGUUCGAAUUGAAAUUCGUCAAACUAUCAUUUUGCGUAAUAGAAAUAAGACAGGUGCCAACAACUCAUCCGUCCUAGAAGCGCCACGUGUCAAGCGGAGCAAUAAAAAUGCUAGCAGCAGCGGCUCAGAAGAAAACGACCAAAAAGACGGCCAAGAAGACCACCACCGAAAAAAAAAGGGGGCUACAAAAAAGAAGGUGACCACAAAAAAGAAGAAGGUAACGACAAAGAAGCCAAAGAAAACGACAAAAAAGAAGUUGACAACGAAAAAAUUGGCAACGACAACGACUCGGUCGACGACAAAACAUCGCCAAUUUCCAGACCAGAAAUAUCUCAAAAAGAGCAUUUCAAUCGACACGAAAUUGCGCGACAGUUCAAACUUUGAAUCAUUUUCAAGCUGGAUUUUCUCACUGUUUAUGGGAUUUUCUCGUUUUUCUGUAAACACUACGCGUCCCCCUCUACAACCCGUAACGGAACAGAAACCAGGCUACCCGGACGAUCGCCACCAGACGACAACUCGACGAAAGUUCGUGAUGUAUGAUGAUGAGGAGAAGGAGGCGGAGAAGAAGGAUCCGGAAAAAGAAGAUAAAUUUAAUGAUUCUAAUUCUAAUUGGCGUUCUUGGAAAAAUUGAUGUUAAUAUAUAUUUAUAAGACUUUU